GAAUUUGAAGUCGUAAAAUGUCCAUAUUCCUAAUUGUUUAAGUUUUGUGAGUCUCCUCACAAGGACAUUUGAAACCACUUGCGUUAUAUUUUCGUAUUUCCGGUCACAAUUUUAUUUCUUCAAAAUAAAAUAACAUUUGCUCUUGCAGUCCGUUGAACAUGUUGACUUAGUUCAGAGUUUAACCUGCCGAGUAUGUAAUUGACAGGAAUUUCAUCCAAUCAAAGGCUCGUUUUCGAUAGACGCCUCGGAACGUGCCGACGUCCAUCUAAUAGAAAGACGGCAGACGCCACAAAGCUUUGUGACGACACGUAGGUUGACAAAUCGGAUCGAGAGUUUAACGGCCGCAGUGUCGCGUAGUUCCGCCCAUGGCAUCCAUGUCUGGAGUAGAGGGACGGCACAUUUUUCUCGCUUUUCCGUGUACACAUUUUUGGUAAAUACACCGGCAAUCCCGAGUACAAAUAGAAGACGGUGGGUCAUACGGCAGCCUCCGGCCCAAACUGUGUGUUGUUUAAAUAUUGUGUGAAACUCCUACAUUCAGUUUACACAAAAUUUUAACUUUGGUAAGCGGCGUUUUCCGCCGUUUUUUUUUCGUCGCCUGCUCACUCCGCUACCCCCCGCGUGUGAGUCGGGGCCUGCUGCAUCGCUUUGGCCACGAGGAGUACAGCCACAACAGCUUUAAGGCGAUGGCGGAGUUUGGUAACGGACUAGCGGAGGAAUCGCUAUUAGAUUCAGAUCCUGGACAUCCCGAACUGGAAGACCCUGGUGUAGGCGACGAAGACCCCGGGUUAGAGGAGGGAGAGGCCGCGAUCGAAGACCCGGAGCUGGAGGCAAUCAAAGCUCGGGUCAGAGAAAUGGAGGAAGAGGCAGAGAAGCUGAAGGAGCUCCAGAACGAGGUGGAGAAACAGAUGAAUCUCAGCCCCCCACCAGUCGGCCCUGUCAUCAUGUCCAUCGAGGAGAAGAUGGAGGCAGAUGGCAGAUCUAUUUUUGUCGGAAAUGUGGACUAUGGUGCCACAGCAGAAGAGCUCGAGUCCCACUUCCAUGGCUGUGGUUCAGUAAACAGAGUCACCAUUCUGUGUGACAAAUUCACAGGGCAUCCCAAAGGGUUUGCCUAUAUUGAGUUUGCAGACAAAGAGUCUGUUAGGACGGCAAUGGCUUUGGACGAGUCCCUUUUCAGAGGAAGGCAGAUAAAGGUCGGUGCCAAGAGAACAAACAGACCAGGUAUCAGCACCACAGACCGCGGCUUUCCACGUGCGCGCUUCCGAUCACGAGGAGGUGGCUUUUCGUCACGUGCACGCUACUACAGUGGCUACACACCACCCAGAGGCAGAGGACGGGCCUUCAGGGGCCGAGGGCGAACAACAUCGUGGUAUUCCCCUUACUAAACAUCCCCUCCCCUCCCCCAGUACUCCCUUACUGUUGCCCCCUUCCCUCUCUCUGUUCCCAUUAUUAAAAAAAACACACACACAAUGUGACAAAAACUCCCUCCCCACAAUAAAAAGAAGAGAAAACCCCCAGAGGAGAGAGAAAAAAGAGAAAAAAAAGGAAACCCUGUGGUGGACAGAGACUGACUGCCGCAGUGUGAGAUUGUGUGUGAGCGUGCGUGUGCCCAGGUUGAUGCAGUCAGCCCUGGUAAGGUAUCAGUGUUGGCCGCUGGGGGAGAACACAGUGGCAGAUUUUCAUGGUUGGUUUUAAGUGGGUUUGGGGUUUUUUGGGUAGGGCAGGGCAGGGUUGGAUGGGAUGAAGGGCGGGGGCGGGGAGGGACAGAAUCUCAGGCUGCAGAUGUGUCUCCUUUGGUCUGGCUGUGACCUCCUGCUUUCACUCCAUCACUUACACAGCCCACCUGCUCGCCCACCACUGCCACCACCAUCAGAUCAGUGUGGAGGGAGAGGGUGGGGCAGGUUGGUGGGAGGCAAUGAGAUGACUAGUGUUCUCAUUAGUUUUUUUUUUCGUUUUUUUUUUUUUUCUCCGUUUUGCUUUUUGUAUUAAUCUGUUACCGUACAUGUUUGAAACCUUCCACCAGCCUGAGUGUUGUUGUGUUUUUGUAGUUUACCAUCACCUCCCUCUGUGCCUCCUCUCACCCUCUCUCCCCCCUACCUUCUCUGCAUUGCACCACUGGUGCCCCCCUGCACCACCUACCCACCCGCUCAUAACCCCACGGAGUGUGUGUCUUUGGACAGUGAUGGAACGUCAGUGUUCUUUGGGGUGACUCAUGAUUUUUUCCUUUUCUUCUUUGAGGGCUGCCCCCUCUACUGGUUCAUGCAUGGCCACGCUCGUUUUUUUUUUUUUUUGUUUUUUGUUUUUUGUUUUUUUUUUGCUUUUU